GCUCCCCUCCUCCCCCGCCGCCCGGGGACGCCGGGUCGGGGCAGGCUGCCCGCUGAGGGGGCACCGAGCCCCGCUGCCGCGGACUCCCCGCUCCGCUCCCGGGUUUAGCGCCGCUCUGCCGAGCCUCCCGGAGCUUCCCCCGGGGCGGCCGGUGCCUCUCGGGCCGCUGCCGGGCGGGACCCGGCCCGCUCCCCGCAGCCCCGGCCCUCCCUUGGCCGGCGGCGGCGGCGCGUUGCCGGGUAACGGCAGCAUGGCCUCCCCCGCCCCGGGGCCCGGCGCCGCUGAGGCGGCGGGAGGAAGGCGGCGGCGGCCUCCCCUCUCCGCCCUCUCCGCCUUCAGCAGCGUCCCGGCCGGGCGGGCAGCGCCUCCGGAGCUCCGCUACUUCCACCGGGAGGCCGAGACAGGAGAUGUUUCCACUUACGAUGCCAUUUUUAAAAGACCAGAGGGUUACAACAAAAAUCUUCACCGAUGUGACAGAGAACAUGCAAAGAGUCGUGGUCUUAACAUUAAUGAGGAGGAAAGGGCAAGACCUGUCGCUGUUUUGUCAUCUUCAGAGUAUGGGAGACGCAUAAAUAAGCCCAUAGAGGAGCCGAUCAGAGAUCAUGCAAGGAUUAAUCACGUGCAGGCAGAAUUCUACAGGAAAAAUGGCAUCACCUGCUUAUUGGAAAAACCUUCUCCAGGCCUGGAUCCAUGCUAAAUCUCUUGUAUCUGUCAUUGCCAGCAGCAUUUAUGUGGAAAAAACAAAACAACUCGCAUCAAAAGCAAUAUGGUGCUUUUGCUUUUUCCUCUCCAUUUUAGUUAAUGAUUUGGAUUAAAAAUAGGGUGAAAUAGCAGCUGUACUUUUCCUCAUGCUUAUUCAAAUGCAUGUCUUCUCCUUACAGUCACAUAAAAAUCUCAUGAAGAGCAGGCUCAGCAAGAGCUGAACAUUUUAGGUGGCCACAGCAGAAGUGAGACCUGUUGGGUCAACAGCUAUUUCUCUGCAGUUUUAGGCAGUGCUUCUAUGUAACUAUUCACAAACUUAACAUUUAAGCAAGCUUGCUCCUCAGCCUAUCAGUGGUCACUGACUCGUUAACCCUUACAGUGUUGCUACAGAAUUGUGAGGUGUCAUUUUAUCUGCCCAGCAGCUGAAAUGGGGCUUCAGCACAGAUUUUCCAAAAGGGACGGGCUUACCCAUAAAUGGGCAAGUGAAGAAAUGCUCUGACUUCCAGAAGUGCUCAGCAGUUUUAGUAGACUGCAAGUUAAAGGGAACUUCUGCGUACUUGGCAUUUAAAAAGACAAAAUCUGGGCUUAGCUGAUUUCAGACAUCUCUUUUGCUGACUUUCACAAUACAUGUGGUGUCUGAGGGAUUGAUCUGUUCAGGAGUGUCACAACAAAAAUCAUCUUUGGUUCUGUAUUCGAUGCUGAAAAAAAAAAGUAAUACUAGCAGAACAAGCACUGAAUAGUUUGGUAGAAAGGAUGGAAAGAACACAAGGAUUUGAGCAGUAGUAAUUUAAAAAGCAUGUUUAGAGUAAAUGUCUAAACCUGCUUAAAUGUUUAGUGCCUUGUAUUCUCACUGAAUCCAGCAUUAAAGUUUUAAGAUAAUUUCAGGAGAAGGAGUAUCUCCUGCAGGGUAUGCAUCUGUUUGGUUCUCAAGAGCCGUUGAUCCUACUGUUGUUUAAAGCUGAGGCAGUAUUGUUCAGAGAGGAACAACAGCCAGACGGAUCAUAGCAGAACAAGGACUGGAAGUCCACAGCUUUGACUGACACUGGAGUUCUGUCAGGUACUUAUGCAUAGGAAACCUACAUCACUUGUGAACACAGUGAAACUCCCAGUAAAAAAUAAUAAAACCAAAGAACUUCUUAAUCUGGGGCCUGGGUAAGUAGUAAAUUAGGCAAUCAAUAGCACUUGUUUGGCAUGAUGUGAGAAGCAGAGCACACAGAGCAGCCCAUUCUGAGAGGUGUUUGUUACUUUCAUUAUUCAUGACCUGCAAGUUUCUUUAUGUUCAAUGAGCUAGGGACAAGAAGGCAGUAACUGCUACAUUCCUUUUCAACAACAGAUACUUCGUUAAACAACUCCAGCAGCAUUCAAUGAAAGGAAUCACAGCGAGAACAAAGUGAGAAGGAAAUGUUUUCUAACAAUACCAGAAUGCUUUUUCAAAAAUCAGUAUCAAAUGUGUGCCAGUAGAGAAUGAGAUUGAAUAUGGCCAUAUUCUAGGCAGGUUAUUUUUAGUUUGGGACAGUCAGUAUAAAUUACUUCUUUUAAGUAGUCUUACUGUAUUUACAAACCAUCUGUGUUUGGAAAAACUACUGGAAAUCAGAUUUGUUUGACAACACCACCACCUUCUGGCCUGUAUGAGAAAUAAGCAUUGCCAGCUCACUUUCACUGUGAAGUCAAAACACUGGUAUGGUUUUUCCUGUCUCAUUUCUUUCUUUAUGUCACCCUCUUCUCUUUCAGUCCCUUCUCACCCCUUCUCACUUUUGAAGGCUUUUCACAGGUUGUUUCUCGUACUGUUUGUUUCUUAUACAGUUUGGAAUGGUCAACAUCUCCCUCCAGUGCUCAGUGUCAAAAGAAUACCUUAAUGAUUUCUUCUGUAUUAGGGAGAAAUUCCUUAUAAAUGUCUGCAAAGACAUUUCAGUCACUCUCCUUCAAUUUCUCUUUUGCUAGGAUGACAGCUAUUAGGUUACCAAUGUGCUGUAAGCUUCCUAUUACACCGCUGGAAAGUAUCUCUUGGUGCCCCCUCACCUGUGAGUAAGGGUUUUAUACAUGCAGCAAAUUAACGUGAACAGAAUGUACAGCAUGAUGCAAUGUAGAUCAUAUUUUGGAGCUGGAUUUUGUAUCCAAAAAUCUCCAGGGAUUGUUGGGACAGUUGACAGACACCUGCAACUCACAGAUUACUAACAGUAGCCGUGGAAGGAAAAAAAUGGCUGUGUACUGGUGAAAUAUGUAGAACUUCAAGCAUGUGAAAGUUUCACCUUUUUUGUAUCAAAUCGUAACAGUUAAAAUCAAACCAGUUGAUGCUGGGAAUUCUGCUUUGCUACUUAUAAGUAAUAAUUCCACACAGGACAGGAUGCACAAGCUAACCUGAAAAUGUGUUUUACAUGGCAGUUCAUCAAGUGUACAUUAUGUGAUUGGAACCAAGGCCAUGUUCGCUUCCCUUCGUCCAUCUGUAAAGCAACAUGUUGACCCAAGUUAGGGCACGCUUCUUCCAGCUGAAGCGGUUACUAGUUCCAGCUCAGUUCCACCAUUCUGCCAGAAUUGAUACUCAUACAUAAAAAAGGACCACGUAGGACAUACAUAGUUCUUCUGAGCUUCAGAGCAUAACAAGUUUCAGUUUAGGCUGGAAUGGCAGGCUGUAAACUGAAGGAACUCUGGAGUGUAUUAAUGACCCCAUUUGGACAGUUUAGCUAGAACUGCCACCAAAGACAAAACUACAAAUAGUACAGACCCAGAACAUCGGGCAGCCCCCACAGAGACAGCUGUGCGAGUCUACUACCCUGUGGCAGCUGUUCUACAAAGUAAGUAAAGCGUAUCUUUUUAUUAAAAACGCUCUACUUUCUGUAAGGCAUUGCUGUUUCGCGAACAGCACUCUACAUCUCUUAAGUAUGAGCAAUAAGCCAAUACUGCUUGUGCAGCUACUGCAAAUUUUAGUUUUAUGAAACACUUCGGAAAUCACACCAACAGCUGUGAGUAAAUUGCACAAUUUCUUUUUAUACUGUCAAGAAAAGCCCUGAUGGGUAGGCAGCCUGGCACAUUCUGUACGUUCAGACCGGCCGCUAUCUUUCAAUAGUCACAGCUGUCCAUUUGCAGUUGUGAGUUAGAACCAGUGAAAAUGCAAAGGAAAUGCAGCACUGACUGUCUGGCACUUACAUCUGUUAACUUACAAUAAAUAUUGACACAAAACUUAA